GUGUUGCGGCGCUUACGGCGUUAACUCCAGGGUUCGUGUUGUUAACCGUGUCGACUAACGUGCAGCCGGCGGUAGGGAAAACCCUGCGACGACAACGAUGAAUUUUUCAACGUACAAACGAUGUCAUGCCGAAAAUAGCCGUUUAGCAAUAGUUAGCAGCUAGGGAGACGUCGUCGUCGUUACCGGCUGUUGUUUACCUUGGAUAGGUAACUAGCGUUAGCUUAGCUGUCGUCAGUGUGAAGUUUCCUGGUUCACCAAAGUGAACGAUUUGAUUUAAAGCUGAACUUUCUCUCGCCAACCUACGGACUCAUGGAGAUGAUACACACGAUCAAAAAAACUCGCAAGAAUCGGUUCAAGCGUUAAGCUGAACUAGUCGGUGAAUUAGUUGGUUAACUAGCCAGUGUCUAGGCUCGCGUCAAGUUAAAUGGCACGAGUCGAGGGAAGUAAUGGACUCCAGUCGGCGGAGUCCCGCAGGAGUUUAAGAGUCGCCUCGGAGAAUCUGAGAGAUGAUGGAGAAGGAAGCACUUUUGGAUCGGACUCCGAGGCGGACGGCUAUGCCGACUCCGGAGAGAGACAGGCGGACAAGUAUGGAUUCAUAGGAGGUGCCCAACAGUACUCCGGGGAAUAUGCAGAAGAUAUUCCUCCUGAAGUGCUGCGGCAACGUGAGGCAAAAUGGCUAGAGAUGUUCGGCAGCUGGGACAAAUGGAUGGCGAAAAAGCACAAGAAGGUGAAGCUGCGCUGUCAGAAAGGGAUACCUCCUUCAUUGCGAGGCCGGGCCUGGCUCUACCUCUGUGGGGGAAAGGUGAAAAGAGAGCAGAAUCGGGGCACAUUUCAGGAGCUGGACAGCCAGCCAGGAGAUCCCAAGUGGUUGGAUGUGAUAGAGAGGGACCUUCAUCGCCAGUUCCCCUUCCAUGAGAUGUUUGUGGCAAGAGGAGGCCAUGGGCAGCAGGACUUGUUCCGUGUGCUGAAAGCCUACACUCUCCAUCGUCCAGAAGAGGGCUACUGCCAGGCUCAGGCCCCUAUUGCUGCUGUACUCCUCAUGCAUAUGCCAGCAGAGGAUGCAUUUUGGGGUCUUGUUCAGAUCUGUGAGAAGUACCUUCCUGGGUAUUACAGUACUGGACUGGAGGCAAUACAGCUGGAUGGGGAGAUCCUGUAUGCUCUGCUGCGUCGGGUGUCUCCUGUGGCCCACGGCCACCUAAAGAAAUACAAGCUCGAGCCCAUCCUGUACAUGACAGAGUGGUUCAUGUGUGCCUUCUCUAGGACCCUUCCAUGGGCCUCAGUUCUGCGCAUAUGGGACAUGUUCCUCUGUGAAGGGGUGAAGAUCAUCUUCCGCGUGGGCCUAGUGCUGCUGAGAUGCAUGCUGGGGUCACAGGAGAAAGUGAAGAAAUGUCAAGGUUUAUAUGAGACAAUGGCUCUGCUAAGGGCCAUAGACUCUCGCUACAUGCAGGAGGCCUUCCUAGUGCGAGAGAUUAUUGAGCUACCAGUGUCAGAGAAAGACAUUGAGAGGGAACAUCUCACUCAGUUGCAGCGCUGGAAGGAGAAUCAUGGAGAUCUUCGCAGCAAGUCUCCUCCCAGGAUGCAUGGUGCGAAGGCCAUCAUCACAGCUGAACCACCCAGCCAACAGGACCUGAGACAGAACCCCACCAUUAUAGUGGAAUCCCCCCUCGGAUAUAAGAGUUACAGGAAAGGAGAAGAGGAGGCCACGGAAAUUAAAUGGACCAAAGAAGAAAGAAAGAACACAGCCUUCCCCCCGCAACAGACCACCAGUCCUUACCCUGUCCCCACCGAACCCUUACCUCUCCACAAAGACACAGCCGUACGAGGAUCCAGGGAUAGUCUGAGCAGCGCAGAGCAUGACACGUACCUGUAGCUGGACUCGGAGGAAUCUUUCAAUCAUUUACACAUAAAGCAUUCCAUCCAAUCUUAUUUUAUCCACAGUUAUGACAUGCACAGUCAAUCUGGAGAAAUCUUCAUACUUCUCAGUGUCAUAACAAAACUGAAAAUCUACAAUACAAUACAUCUGUAACAAGCACUCCUAGAAGGAAUGUUGCGUUAAAUGAUUAAUACCCAGGGAGCAAGAGUAUGUAUGGGACAAAUAGAGUUUUGGUUUGCUCAUGUAUGAGGUUUUAUCUGUUGAGAGAGUCCAGUGUCACUUUUAGCUUUUGUGCACUUUUUCUUACAUUUUUUAAAAAUUAGAAUCAGAGUUAUUUUUAUGAGCCAUGUAGGUUUGCACAUAUGUGGAAUUUGACUCCAGUUUCGUGGCUCUCUCGAUGUACUUAGCAUAGGAUAACAACAAUACAAUACAACAAUCAAACAAUCUUCUUUUUUUUUUAAAAAGUAGACAUUUUUAUAAGAUUCGGCAAUUAGCGGCUAUAUUAGCGUGUCAACCUACAAGCAUCUUAGAGCACUAAAUAAUAAUCAUAGCAAAGCCAAGAGUGCAUAUCAUGUCAAGAGCAAUUACAGAAAGUGUGCAAUAGACAUCAAAGAAAGUUUAAUCAGUUCAUCUGGAUACGUUUAUUGACAGAUACGUUUCAUCACUCAACUGAGUGACAGAUACGUUGUAUCCAGAUGAACUGGUUCAACCUUCUUUGAUGUUCUUACAUGGAUUAUUGAACAUGCAUUAAGACAUGUGCAAUAGUUAGAUGACCAAGAGUGAUCCAAGAAAAAGAGAUUCAUAUUGUAAAUUAGCCGGACAAUGCCACUAAUCAGUAUCAGACAUAUCAUAGCCAAGAGUACAUGUUACGUCAAUUGCAGAUAGUGUAAUUGCACAAUAGAUGGAUCACAAACAGUGAUGUAGGGGAUUCAAAUCACAAUCGAGAUGGCCUGACAAAGGAAAGUUUUCAGGUAUUUCAUGAAUGAAGGAAACUAAUCUGUAGUUCUGAUUGAAGCCGAAAGUUCAUUCCACUCUUUGGGCCAGGUGAUAGAAAAGUGAAUGUACAAUUUAGGCAUAAAGAGGUACAUCCUUGCCAACCAACAACAGGGCUGCUGCUUUGCUCCUCAAAGCAGUCCUGUGAUUAUGUUGUAAUUAAGAUUUAGACUGAUAUGUUUCCUCAACUGAUGGAAAUCUUCUCUUUAGCACUUUUCUCCCCAAUUGUACUUGACCAAUUACCCUAUUUUCCGAGCCAUCCCGGUCUCUGCUCCACCCCCUCUGCCGAUCCAGGGAGGGCUGAAGACUACCACAUGCCUCCUCUGAUACAUGUGGAGUUGCCAGCCACUUCUUUUCACCUGACAGUGAGGAGUUUCGCCAGUGGGAUGUAGUGCGUGGGAGGAUUACGCGAUUCCCCCCCAGUUCCCCCUCCUCCCUGAACAGGUGCCCCGAUCGACCAGAGGAGGUGCUAAUGCAGCGACCAGGACACAUACCCACAUCCAGCUUCCCACCCGCAGGCACGGCCAAUUAUGUCUGUAGGGAUGCUUGACCAAGCCAGAGGUAACACGGGGAUUCGAACCGGUGAUCCCCGUGUUGGUAGGCAACAGAAUAGACCGUCAUGCCACCCGGACACCUAUUUAGCACUUUGUCUUUGAUAGUCAUGUUAUAGUCACUAGGUUUCCCACGUAGAGUGGCAUACUUAUCCUAUGUUGUAAGAAUCGAUUCUUUGCACAAAAUUGAACACAAUUCGCUUAUGCGACCAUAUAGGGCUAUGUCUUAACUGGAACAAUGAGUGCAGGGUUUUUGCUUAGUGUUAUUGAACACUUCAGGGCAUCCUCAGAUUAGCUGUCAGCCAUGACCAGCUUCAAUCUUGUAUGACCAAAAAAAAAAACCCAAAGUAGCUGUCUGACCUAUGAAGGAUGUGUGCAGGGACAAUUUUGGCACCAACCAAAGAUGUUUUUUUACUACUGUUUUUAAUUUGUAUACUGCCCAAGCAGUUUUAAGUCUUGUAUAUGAUUCUGUGUGAGUUUGAGAGAGCACAAGGUGCUUAUGUUGUGAAGCAGGGUUGAAUUCCAGCUUUAGGGAUGCUAACACAAAUCUAUAUAUUUAUACUCUAUCAUGUUGUGGAACUGUGUAGUGUUCUUGUAUAAUUUUACUACGGAAGAAGGUUCCACAGGGGAAGCUACCACUUCCCAAGUUAUAGGAGAAUUUUGUUUUUUUCUUAGAAAUUUUGGAAACUUGACUCCUCCAAAUGAACCAUGCAGUCUGUUCUAUGCUCUAUUGUUUCUGUCUGUUCCACAUGCGGACGUUUCAUUAAGGUGUAUUUGAAAGCAUCUGGCUUAAAAAGAAAAAAUCCUUGCCACUGUUGACUAAGACGAAACACAGAUGAAUAUGCUUUGGCACAAUAGCUUUAUUUCUUAUUUGAGCUUUACAACUUGCCACAUUGUUCUUUCCAAGAGUUGUUUUUUGAUAUAUAAAAAGGAGUUGUAUGUUCAUGUCAGACAAACACUAACAUUAAAUAAUUACUUUUCAGAUCAUUUUGUUUAGUAAAAUGGGCUGAAAAGUCAAAUGGAUGACAAAUCAUUGAUUGAGACUGUCUUUAUUUACUUAUGUUGAACUAAGUGUAAUGUGAAGAAAUUAAUGUAAAAUCUCAAAUAUAAUUACUUGAUAUUUUAUUUUUCUGCACUAUGUACUUCAAACUCUUAACAUGAUAAUGUUUAUAAACCAAACAGCAAAUGUCUUGUUAACCUUUUAACCAUAUAAGGUAUUUGAUUUUUUGUUUUUUUGUCCUUUUAAUACAAUAUAAUUAAUAUGAUCCUACAGGUCAUUUUUAUCCCUCAGGAAUCAUUUUGUUUUUAUUUGCCAUUAAACAUUGAAGCUACUUUUGAAUUUACCAAAGGAGCAAUGAAACAUCGACUUUUGCAAUGAAGUCUUUAUUAUUAUUAUUAUUUUAGAUCUCCAAAAGUUAUCUCAGUUUACAGUAUGUAAACUGGCAUACCUGGUGGAAUUAGAUGUUGAAUGUAUGAGUUAAAGAAGAAAAUGUAAUUUGAAUGUAUAAUUAGUUGCAUUUGAACCGAUAUUAUUUCCAUUUUGUUUCCAUUUUGUUAUAUAUAUUUUUUUCCACUGUACACAUUGCACAUUCAUCCGACACAAACCAGCCAGUUGGACUUGAUACUAGUAGUUUGACACACUGUCCUGUAGGGGGUGCCAUAGAGCUUUGACCCAGAUUUGGGAAAUUUCAUUCGUGUUCAGUGUUGUACCCAAUCAUUUUGUUUCAGUGGAUUGAAUCGAGUUUUUAAAACCUCAGAUGUUAAAUGAUGUUAUGCUUACAAGUAUCAGGGAAUGUUGCCAUCUCAAGAGUGUGUUGAGUGAUUUUAAAAUAUUCUACUUCACCAGACUUAAAGUAGAAUCCUCCAGGAUCACAAAUUGUAGGUAAACGUAGGGACUACUUAUAUUUCUCAGCGUAUGUACAGCACAUGGCUAUAUAGUGUAUUCGCUACCCAGAAAUCUCUUCAUUAAAUCAGGAGGCAUUUUCUUGUAUCUAAAAGCAGUUUUUGUACCAAACUAAAUUUACAUCAAUAAA